UCAAGUACAGCACAGAAAAUUUUUGCCGAUCAGAAUUAGGUUGUGACCAUACGAUGCUGACAGAUUUCUAUUAAUCACACCAGCCAACCAGCCAAGUCGAUUUAGCUGGCCAAGAAGACUCCAACCAAAGGACAACCAAAGAGUGAAAUGGAGUCUUUGAUUUUUUCCUUGGUUCUGAUCACGACCACCUUUGCACCUGCUGCAUCCAUGGAGGCGCUUUAUGCCUCUGAGAACCCGGUACCCGUUGGAGGCAACGUCACCCUUUACAGCCAAGCCGAUGUUGAGGCAGCAGUGUGGAUGUUUGAAACUGAAAUCAUUGUGUUGAUGUUACAAGGAAAUGCCCUCAUAACUAAAAAUUGGACUGACAGGGCAAUAUUAAAUUCAAACUCUUCAUUGACCAUAAGUUCACUGCAGCAGAACGACUCUGGAUUGUACACUUUAGUGGUGGUGAACUCUCAUCGCGCUCAGUUAACACUCACAGUUCAAGUGCCUAUUUCAAAUGUGACUACGUGGGCAAACGCAACACACCUGGUGGAGUUCAAUGACGCAGUCGUUCUCAAAUGCUCUGCGCACAUCGGCUCGCACAUGUCUUACGCUUGGCUGAGGAACGGCUCUCCGGUCACAGCCGACGGGCGAGUGCAGCUCAGCGACGGAGGUGCCACUCUCACCAUAGUCGGGGUGACCCGCCAUCACCAGGGGUUUAGCUGCAAUGUGUCCAAUGGUGUGAGCCAUGAAAGCAGUCACCCUCUGUAUCUGGACAUCAGCUAUGGUCCAAGCAACCCAUCAAUGAAGAUCAUGCCCAUGAAGUUGAACUACGUAGUAGGGUCAAACAUCACGCUGUCAUGCUCAGCGGACUCCAGCCCUCCAGCAACAAUCCAGUGGACGUUUAAUGGGGUGUACCUGAAUCAGUCUGGACCACAGCUUCAACUGCAGAUGGUUUCAGAUAGUCAAUCAGGAGAUUACCAAUGCAUAUUUUACAACUCAGUAACGUCCAAGUUCAGCAACCAAAGUUCAUUUAUCAGGAUUUUGGAUCCACGAAAGCAUAUUCAAGUGGAGACAUCAAUGACUCCUGCAAACGAGGGUGAUAACUAUCAGCUGACAUGCAAUAUAACUGCAGCUGCUACACAGGUUCACUGGCUGAAAAAUGGCGAGCCACUGCAAGAAGACAACACAACUGUUUUUAACAUGGAUAACAAGACAGUCACGUUCAGCCCACUCGAGCGCAAUCAUGCUGGAAGCUACGAGUGUAUGGCUACUACUGCUCUUUGGAUCCUGACCAGCCAUCCGUACGUGCUUGUUGUGAACUAUGGACCAGAAACACCCAUGGUUGAGGGGCCAGAUUUUGCUCAGGUCGGACAAAAUGCAGCUUUCUACUGUUCUGCCGUGUCGGUGCCGCCGAGUCACUUCAGCUGGUGGUUCAAUGGCUCCAAAGUGGGAAACUCUUCAGUGUUCACAACUGACAUUUCGUCUACAAGUACAAGUGGAGAAAUCAUCUGUAAGGCCUAUAAUCUAGUGACAGGAAAGAAUGCCGCAAAGUCCAAGAUGCUCACAGUGAUUAAGCCAAUACAGUCAGUGAUGAUCAGUAACAACACAGUUCCAAUUGACUCAAAAAACUUCACUCUGACCUGUGACGUCACCGGGCCCUAUGAUAUGAUCCACUGGAUGAAGGACAACAUUUACCUCAACAUGACGCCUCCCGGUGUAAAUCCUCACAUGACCUACUACAUGGAAAACAACAUGCUGCAUUUCACUCCACUGACCUUGCAACACGAGGGGACAUAUCAGUGUGUGGCUACCAAUCUGACUGGAUCUCAUAAAAGCCCCAAAUAUGAGCUCCUGGUGAACUAUGGACCUCUGAGUGUGACAAUAUCUAAUCCAAUAAACCUGGGUCCCCUGGUUUCUAUGACAUGCCUUGCUGUUUCUCAGCCUCAGUGUAACUUCCACUGGUCAUUUAAUGGUCAGCUAUUUCUGGGUCUACAAACGGGCCCCAUCAUCACUUUCCCUGCGACCCAAGCGAACCAGGGAAUCUACACCUGCAUGGCAACAAACCCUGUGACCAACAUCACAAUGUUGCAGACUAAAGCCUAUUCUGCCGCUGCUUUCAGCUUUCCAUCCCAAGCUGUUGUGACAAUGAUGGGUCUGUUUGCAUUGUCCCUCCCUGUGAUGUUCGUCUGAGUUCUCUGAGAAACGCUGACGCCGCAGGACAAAUUAAAGAUUCAUCUUAUUUCAUCUUAUCUUAUUGGAAAAUGGAAAUAAUUGUACUUAAUUUGAUGCCACUUUUUUGUUCAUGUGGAUUAUUGCUGAAAAGACGAAUAAGAAUAUGAAAGAGUGACAGACUUUUUCUUAGAUUUCUUUCCAUUUAUCAGAUUUCUUUUCAUUAACAUAGCAUUGUAUUGCCUGUUUUAGGUUUUUAAGAUCAAAUCAUUUCAUUGUUAGUCAUGUGUAAUGAUAUUAAAACUGUGUGUUAAUUUAAGUAAUAUCAAGCUUUAACUCAUGUCAUUUAUUUCUUAAUCAAUAAAUAAUCAACAGAAACAAUUUUGUGUUUUUAUUUUUGGGAGGAUAUACAGCCUUUAUGCAGAUUCAGAAAGUUCUAUUCAUACAAACAUUUGUGUGGGAAACAUUGUCAUGAAUGUAAGAAGAAAUAUACCGUGUAUGACUCGAAACAU